CUACUCUUCAAAACUAAAAUAAAUAAUAAUGCAUUGUGGAAGCUAUUCCAAUUUAUCAAAUAAACAUUGAAAUUGAACAUUAGGUAAACAAAACACGUCGGUCGUGUUUCAUUCAUCGUUGUAUGGAUAUAGUGAAUGAAUUUCCUUGCGGUGCCCGUGCUAUGUAAGAGGACUGGCGACGCCAUAUGAUGGCUUUGUUCAUGGGCAGCAGCUGCGCUUUGCUCGCGAAACGGUCGCUUGUACCUGAACAGGUAACAGAAGCAACAGGUCAUUUCUCCGGGCGAGGGGAGCGCGGCUACCGGCCGCCGUCCCCGAGACAGUCGCGUACUGUUCUCCGCGGUGACUGCACGCCGCUGCUCGCGUCCGCGCGCUCCACAAACCGCGAUAUAUUUCGAUUACAUCGCGCAAGUAAUGUGCGCAAACGCACACCUCAGUAAUCCGUUUGUUGACAGCCAGUCGUGACAGUGCAAAUGUCUCCCAGUUUAGAAGGGAUCAUGUUCAACCGAAACACGAACCUGUCGGCGCGCCGGCCGUUGUUGGCGGAACCGCAAAAGCCUCUAAUGGUCCCACCACGCGCGCCUCCCCGCGACACUGGCCCGCACCGGCCCUUGCCCGCGCCCAGGAACCUGCCUACAGAUUAUUCUUACGAAUACCGACCAGAUUACUGGAAACCAUCGAACGUCGAACUCGAAAGACGGCUACAUGAGACAAGGGCACGCGAGAAAGUUGGAUACUUUCAAGACAAAGUUACAGCUCCAGAUCUCAGUUUGGACCGCAGAGAAGCAGAGCUCGUGUUCAGGUUCGAUCCACAGGCGUCUGACGAAUAUCUUACGAGCCAGUAUCGUGCUCCGGUAGUGCAUUAUGCGAAGCCCCCGACUCCGGCGAACGGGUUCGCUGCCCGUGUGCCCGAGAGAGACGGGCCGUUCGUGUUCGGUGUGCACAGUCCGAGCCAGUUCCCGAUUUCGCGGCGGGACGAUGACGACUACGACUACUCCGAAGUGGCUGAAGAGAACGGCCGCACUGUGAUACGAGACGAUGUGUCUGAAGACUUGAAUUGCUGUGAUAAAGUGAACGAGUGGGCGGUCAGGGAUAAAAAGAGCAGACGGACUUUGAACCGCAUGUUUCAGAUUAAAGACAGAAGGAAGGUGAAAGGUGGAAAGAAAGAGAAGAUAAAGUGUGUGUUGGUGGGUGAUGGAGCUGUUGGGAAGAGCUCGUUGAUAGCGGCAUACGCGCAGGAUACAUUUCGGGAAGACUACCAGCCUACAGCAUACGACACAUUCAAUGUGGUUAGCGAAGUAGGUAACCCAGAGAACAUCUGGCUCAGUUAUUGCCUCGCAAUAGUGUUCUGGCUAAUGUAA